AUGAUUCUAAGUGAUGAUUCUGUUGAUUCUUUUGAAGAAGAAAAGCGACAUCUGGCAUCUCUUUAUAAACCAAGAAGAAGUGAUGAUUCUAUUGAUGAAGAAAAACGACACUUGGCAUCUCUUUAUAAACCAAGAAGAAGUGAUGAUUCUAUUGAUUCUUUUGAUGAAGUAAAGCGAUACUUGGCAUCUAUUUAUAAACCAAGAAGAAGUGAUGAUUCUAUUGAUGAAGAAAAACGACAUCUGGCAUCUCUUUACAAACCUAGAAGAAGUGAUGAUUCUAUUGAUUCUUUUGAUGAUGUAAAGCGACACUUGGCAUCUCUUUAUAAACCAAGAAGAAGUGAUGAUUCUAUUGAUUCUUUUGAUGAAGUAAAGAGACACUUGGCAUCUCUUUAUAAACCAAGAAGAAGUGAUGAUUCUAUUGAUGAAGAAAAACGACAUCUGGCAUCUCUUUAUAAACCAAAAAGAAGUGAUGAUUCUGUUGAUUCUUUUGAAGAAGAAAAGCGACAUCUGGCAUCUCUUUAUAAACCAAGAAGAAGUGAUGAUUCUAUUGAUGAAGAAAAACGACACUUGGCAUCUCUUUAUAAACCAAGAAGAAGUGAUGAUUCUAUUGAUUCUUUUGAUGAAGUAAAGCGAUACUUGGCAUCUCUUUAUAAACCAAGAAGAAGUGAUGAUUCUAUUGAUGAAGAAAAGCGACAUCUGGCAUCUCUUUAUAAACCAAGAAGAAGUGAUGAUUCUAUUGAUGAAGAAAAACGACAUCUGGCAUCUCUUUACAAACCUAGAAGAAGUGAUGAUUCUAUUGAUGAAGAAAAGCGACAUCUGGCAUCUCUUUAUAAACCAAGAAGAAGUGAUGAUUCUAUUGAUGAAGAAAAGCGACAUCUGGCAUCUCUUUAUAAACCAAGAAGAACCAGAAGAAGUGAUGAUUCUAUUGAUUCUUUUGAUGAAGUAAAACGACAUCUGGCAUCUCUUUAUAAACCAAGAAGAAGUGAUGAUUCUAUUGAUGAAGAAAAGCGACAUCUGGCAUCUCUUUAUAAACCCAGAAGAAGUGAUGAUUCUAUUGAUGAAGAAAAGCGACAUCUGGCAUCUCUUUAUAAACCAAGAAGAAGUGAUGAUUCUAUUGAUGAAGAAAAGCGACAUCUGGCAUCUCUUUAUAAACCCAGAAGAAGUGAUGAUUCUAUUGAUUCUUUUGAAGAAGAAAAGCGACAUCUGGCAUCUCUUUAUAAACCAAGAAGAAGUGAUGAUUCUAUUGAUGAAGAAAAGCGACAUCUGGCAUCUCUUUAUAAGCCAAGAAGAAGUGAUGAUUCUAUUGAUGAAGAAAAGCGACAUCUGGCAUCUCUUUAUAAACCAAGAAGAAGUGAUGAUUCUAUUGAUUCUUUUGAAGAAGAAAAGCGACACUUGGCAUCUCUUUUCAGACCAAGAAGAAGUGAUGAUUCUAUUGAUUCUUUUGAUGAAGAAAAGCGACACCUGGCAUCUCUUUAUAAACCAAGAAGAAGUGAUGAUUCUAUUGACGAAGAAAAGCGACAUCUGGCAUCUCUUUAUAAACCAAGAAGAAGUGAUGAUUCUAUUGAUUCUUUUGAUGAAGAAAAGCGACAUUUGGCAUCUCUUUAUAAACCAAGAAGAAGUGAUGAUUCUAUUGAUGAAGAAAAACGACACUUGGCAUCUCUUUAUAAACCAAAAAGAAGUGAUGAUUCUAUUGAUGAAGAAAAACGACACUUGGCAUCUCUUUAUAAACCAAGAAGAAGUGAUGAUUCUAUUGAUGAAGAAAAACGACACUUGGCAUCUCUUUAUAAACCAAGAAGAAGUGAUGAUUCUAUUGACGAAGAAAAACGACACUUGGCAUCUCUUUAUAAACCAAGAAGAAGUGAUGAUUCUAUUGACGAAGAAAAGCGGCAUCUGUCGUCUCUUUAUAAACCAAGAAGAAGUGAUGAUUCUAUUGAUGAAGAAAAACGACACUUGGCAUCUCUUUAUAAACCAAGAAAAAGUGAUGAUUCUAUUGAUGAAGAAAAGCGACAUCUGGCGUCUCUUUAUAAACCAAGAAGAAGUGAUGAUUCUAUUGAUGAAGAAAAGCGACAUCUGGCGUCUCUUUAUAAACCAAGAAGAAGUGAUGAUUCUAUUUAUGAAGAAAAACGACAUCUGGCUUCCCUUCUGAGCAAAAAAUCGGAGGAUCUCUCUCAAGAACUUUCAAAAGACCUGGACGACGAAGGAGUCUUGGGUUCUCUCCCGAAGGAUGAUGAGGGACACGACGACGAGGAAGACCUUGAGUCGUUGGACAAGCGACACUUCUCUUCCCUCUUGAAGCACAAGAACUCGGUAUUAAGCCCCUUGGAAGAGGAAGUGGACGAUAUCAACAAACGAUAUUACGCUUCUCUCCUGAAGAAAUCUGGAGAGCCCAUCACCGAGGAGGUCAGUGUCGAGGAUGACGACGACGAAGGGAACGACGACUAUGACUUUGAAGAAAUGGACAAGCGACACAUUGCCUCUCUGAUGAAGAACCUUCCUGCCUCUAACUCCUUCGGUGUCAACAAGAGGUACUUUGCUUCACUCUUACGGAACAGACAAACAGGUUUUGGUCCAGGUAGUCAGUCAGCAGGGAAACGCCACUUUUCUUCACUGCUGCAGAACAGACAGUCAAGCUUUGCACCAGGUGACCAGUCAGCAGGCAAACGCCACUUUUCUUCACUGCUGCAGAACAGACAGUCAAGCUUUGCACCAGGUGACCAGUCAGCAGGCAAACGCCACUUUUCUUCACUGCUGCAGAACAGACAGUCAAGCUUUGCACCAGGUGACCAGUCAGCAGGCAAACGCCACUUUUCUUCACUGCUGCAGAACAGACAGUCAAGCUUUGCACCAGGUGACCAGUCAGCAGACAAACGCCACUUUUCUUCAUUGCUGCAGAACAGACAGUCAAGCUUUUGCAAUUCAGGUGACCAGUCAAAGACAAACGCCACUUUCUUCGUCGCUUCAGAAUGGUAG